UAGCUCUGUGCUGCAAGUCUCUCAGGUAACAGGUGGCAGCUUCCCCUGUUGGAUUCUAGGUUUUAAAAAAAUGACCUCAUAUGGGUGGAGCUCUGGGACUUCCUAGAGGUGGUGGCAGUCACAGCCAGGUAACCCUGGAGUGAAGCGGUUUAGUUAGAAGGGGGCAGAUAAACUUGUCACUCUAGUGGCUUUAACCCUCACCCCGAGGCACCUUAGCCACCAGCCAUUGCCUGCAAGCCUCUAAAGCUUGUCUCUGCCUCAUAUGGAGUCCAAAGAAGCCACUGGGAAAGAAAGCAUGGUCACCAAGAAAAAGAAUCUGGCCUUCUUGAGGCCCAGACUCUAUAUGCUGGAGAGAAGGAAGACUGACACGGUGGUUGAGAGCAGUGUUUCUGGGGACCACUCUGGCGCCUUGAGGAGGAGCCAAUCUGACAGGACCGAAUACAACCAGAAAUUACAAGAAAAGAUGGCUCCACAGGGUGAGUGUUUCAUAGCUGAGACCUCAACCCCAGAGGAAGAGCAUCAAAUGAGGAGGAUGAUGGCAAAGCGGGAAAAGAUCAUCCAGGAGCUGAUACAGACGGAAAAGGACUAUCUCAAUGAUCUGGAGCUGUGUGUUAGGGAAGUGGUUCAGCCUCUGAGAAAUAAAAAGAUUGAUAGGCUGGAUGUGGAUAGCUUGUUUAGCAACAUUGAAUCCGUGCAUCAGAUAUCAGCCAAGCUGCUGUUAUUGUUGGAAGAGGCCACAACAGACGUGGAACCGGCCAUGCAAGUAAUUGGAGAAGUAUUCCUGCAGAUUAAAGGGCCACUGGAAGAUAUUUAUAAAAUCUACUGCUAUCACCAUGAUGAAGCACAUAGUGUACUGGAGUCCUAUGAAAAGGAAGAAGAGCUGAAGCAACAUUUGAGCCACUGUAUCCAGUCCUUAAAGAAAAUAUACAUGCAAGAAGGCAAACCAAAUUUACUGGACAUGGGCUCUUUGAUGAUCAAACCAAUUCAACGUGUGAUGAAAUACCCUUUAUUACUGUGCGAACUUCGGAAUUCCACCCCUCCCUCUCACCCAGAUUACAGAACACUGGAUGAUGCCUUUGCUGCUGUGAAGGACAUUAAUGUUAACAUCAAUGAACUUAAGAGAAGGAAAGAUUUAGUUCUAAAAUACAAGAAGAAUGAUGAGGAUGAAUCACUUAAAGACAAAUUGUCUAAACUAAAUAUUCAUUCAAUUAGCAAGAAAUCAAAAAGAGUGACAAAUCAUCUGAAGAUUCUGACCAGAGGAGAAUCACAGGUUAAAGACAAUACCUUUAACAGAGAAGAAAAGCUAUUUAGAUCUUUAGAAAAGACUGUGAGGCAUUGUGUGAAGAACAUUUCACUCUGUCUUCAACACAUACAGGAUGCCAUGCCCUUGGCUCUGCAGAGUGUAAUGGACCUUCAGGAGAUUUCACACAACAAAGAUGACAAGAUGGGCUAUUCUGAGACCCUAAAUAAUGCCUUAAACCCAUGUCAUGACUUUGCAUCUCACUUACAGAGACUCACCCUGACCCCUUUGUCAGCCCUGCUGUCCUUAUUCCCAGGGCCACACAAGCUCAUCCAGAAACGCUAUGACAAACUGCUGGACUACAACAGCUACCUGCAGCGAUCAGCAGGAGAUGAGUCAGACUUGGCCAAAAAGGAGUAUGAGGCCCUCAAUGCCCAGCUUGUGGAAGAGCUCCAGACAUUCAACCAGGCUGCUGGGAGGAUUCUGUCGAACUGUCUGUGCAGCUUCAUCACCCUCCUUAGGGACCUGAUGCUCGUGGCACAGCAGGCUUACUCCACACUUGUGCCGGUGCCACUGUUGGUUUCAAGCGUUUCUGAGAUUCAGAAUCGAGUACUAGAAGAGGUUCAAAAUUUGAAUUGUGUAAAAGACAACAGUGCCACCUUUAUUGAGAGGAAACUCAGUUUUGAAAAGAAGAAGCCUGUGCAUAUUCUGCCAGAAAUGCCACAUCAAACUGACGUUCAUCGCUCCAAACUUCUAUCCACAUAUAGUGCAGAGGAACUCUAUCAAGCUAAGCGCAAGUGCAAUGCUACACAAGAAUAUGACAUCAAUCUUCUGGAAGGAGAGUUGGUGGCUGUGAUAGAACAGAGAGAUCCACUGGGGAGUACAAGCAGGUGGCUUGUGGACACAGGAAAUGUGAAAGGAUAUGUUUAUUCCUCCUUCCUAAAACCCUACAAUCCAGCAAAAAUGCAGAGAAUGGAGGCCGAGAACAGGUUCUGUGAUGAUGACUUUGAAAACAUCAGUCUUUUUGUGUCUUCACGGCCAGCUAGUGACAGUGCCACAGGCACCCCAGAAAGCAGCAUUAGUGAUAGCAGCUCAUCUCUUAGUGGCACAUGUGGAAAGUUUGAAACAAAUGGUACUGAUGUUGACAGUUUUCAAGAAGUAGACGAACAGAUUUUCUAUGCAGUUCAUGCUUUUCAAGCACGGAGUGACCAUGAACUCAGCCUUCAGGAAUACCAGAGAGUUCAUAUACUUAGGUUUUGUGACCUAAGUGGCAAUAAAGAGUGGUGGUUAGCUGAAGCUCAAGGGCAGAAAGGAUACGUGCCCGCUAACUACCUUGGAAAGAUGACUUAUGCUUAAGAAAAUAAGCCUCUGACUUUUAUUUUCUGGCAAAUUGUUAA